AUGUGUAACUGGAUCUGCACCUUUGAACUGUGUCCAGCGUGCCGGGGCUGGAAGAGAAUCAUCGCCGAAGAUGUUCUCUGCGAAUACAUCGCCUCUAUUCGCGGAAAUCCUCAAUUUUGCUCAUACUACAAAGAUUAUGAUAAUAUUAUUGUAUCUGAAUCGAAGUGCGAGUAUUGUGCUAAUAAGGAUGAUGGAAGGGAAGCGGCUUUUGAUUUAACAGAGUUAGAUUCGAUCCCAGACGUACCCCACCCCCCAGAUUUAGACUCAGACUUACCCCCAGGCCAAGAUUCAACUCCUAAAUCUGCGUCGAUCAUAUACUCAGAUUCGGAGUAUGAAGACGAAGAUGAUACAUCUGAAAUUUACACUCUCGGGAAAGCGGUUAGCAUGUCAAUGACAAGGUUACCCAUCAUGAAUGAGACUGAUGCAGAUGCUACAGAAAAGGCAUCAGGAGAGGUAUCAGAAGAGGUAUCAAAACAAGAUAGCAUCUCAGAGUUUGAGAGCACUUCAGAUGUUUCGGAAGUCGACUCAGCCUUCUCGGAUGAAUAUCACCAUGGAUGCAUGAGAACUUCCAUGACAGAUGCAGUCCAGUCCGAUGAUGAGAACUUGUUCUUGAUGGAGGAUGUUUUUGAUGAUGAGGGAUUUCUUAACGGAGUACCACAGCUCUAUAACCCAUUCUGUCAUAAGAGAGUUGAGCAGUUGAGAAAAGAUUGGCUGCACUGA